GAGGGGCGGGGCCGCCCGAGCCCUUUUGUUCUGAGGGUGGGGCCGGGUGGGGUCGGAGCCGCAGCCAAGAUGUCCUACGUGCCCGGACAGCCGGUCACCGCGGUGGUGCAAAGAGUAGAAAUUCACAAACUGCGCCAAGGUGAAAACCUGAUUCUUGGAUUCAGCAUCGGAGGGGGCAUUGAUCAGGACCCCGCGCAGAACCCCUUCUCAGAAGAUAAGACAGACAAGGGCAUUUAUGUCACCAGGGUGUCAGAAGGGGGCCCUGCAGAAGUGGCCGGCCUCCAGAUCGGAGACAAGAUAAUGCAGGUGAAUGGUUGGGACAUGACCAUGGUGACCCAUGACCAAGCCAGGAAAAGACUGACCAAGAGGAGCGAGGAGGUGGUACGGCUGCUGGUCACACGGCAGGGCCUGCAGAAGGCGGUGCAGCAAUCCAUGCUGGCGUAAGGCCACCUUCCGCGUGGGUGGGGCGCGUCCCCAAUCCCCUGAGCCCUGGGGAGAUGUGGGCGGAGGACAGAGGCUGGACCCAGCACCACGCGGGGGGCAGGUUGGUGCCCAGUGAAGCCUGUAUUUUGGGGAGUCCUGCCAUCAAUGCAGUGAGCCAAAGAGAGUCGGGGUGACUCGGCAGGGCCUGGGGUCCCAUCCCUCUUCACCUUGGGCACAUGGACUGACACGGACGCCGCUGUGCUCCAUCGAUGAGCAGUGGGGCCAGUGCCGCCAUCUCUAAGGCCUCCCUGCAGCGUCUUGGCGUGGCUUGCCCUGGCCUGCCUGGGCUCACCUCCAGGACUGUUCUUGCGGCAAGGCCCAGGACCCUGGGGCUGCCCUCACCAUGCUUUGCCCUGUCCCAGCGCCUCUCCCUGAGCAGGGCUCCCCAUGGGCUUCCCCACCCAGGAGCACAGCAGGACUUUUCCCAAGGUUAGGCACCCCCACUGUGGAAGGGGGGGCAGCAGCUGCCAGCCCACCACCUCCAGCCUUUGACCCCUUCCUGAGAGAUUUCAGGAGUCUCCAGGCAGCACCCCUGUCCUUGCCCUGCCCCCCACCCCCACCCCCAGCCUAUGAAGCUGCCACUCCUGGGAUGAUGGGUCCCUUUUGUAUUUUUCCUUAAAAUUUUAUAUGUAGCAAUUUCUAUUGAAUUUUGAAAAUGCUAACCUGGUAGGAAUAAAUCUUUUAACAAGCCUGCAGGCCUUAUCUUUAUUACUGCCUCUUGUAUCUUUGCUUCUUAUACUCAAUAAAUAAAGCUAGAAUUCCUGUA